CAUGGUCCGAUUGGACGGAGCCAAUGAAGGCCUUCUUCGAAGCCUCGAUACUGGCGCCCCAAAUGUCGUCUCCACCUACCCCGAUACCGAUAUUUGAUCUACGCUCAAGGCUGGGAACAACCCUCGGGGCAGUUCUUGUCGGGUGUAUUAUAGCUUCAGUGUUCUAUGGAAUCACCAUUCUACAGACCGUGGCCUAUUACAAACAAUAUCCUAACGAUCAAUGGAUCUUUCGAUAUGCGGUCGCCUUACUAUGGAUAUUCGAUACGCUUCAUGUCGCCUUGACAACCCAUGCACUUUAUUUCUAUGUUAUUGAAUCAUUUGGAAACUAUCUCGCCCUGCUCACAAUUGUUUGGAGCUUUUCGCUGCAGCUCUUGAUAAAUAUGUUGAUUAUCCCUGGUGUUCAAGCAUUAUAUGCUUUUAGGAUAUGGAAACUUGGCAGUCAUUUUCACGUGGUCCUUCCACGUUUUAUUUUCGUCGCUGUUGCAGCUACAUUUGGCGCAGGACUAUAUGUCAUGUACGAAACAUACACCCUGACUAGUUUUCUGGAUAUUUCGACUAUUAGGGUAUCCAUAUAUCUGAAUUUCUCCACCAUUUCUGCAGCGGAUUUUGUCAUCGCUGGCGCGAUGUGCUUCUAUCUGCACAAGGGCAGGUCAAUGGCCGGUGUCUCUAGUACUACCAAGGUGAUUAUGAGGCUGAUGCGACUUGUAGUUAUAUCUGGACUGGCGACGAGUGCAUGCUCCCUUUUUACUCUCGUGGCGUACAUCGCCUGGCCAAAUACUCUUAUUUUCGUAGCAAUCAACUUCAUUUUACCAAGGCUCUAUAUUAACUCUCUUCUCGCCAUGCUCAACUCGCGAAAGAGUUCUAUGGACAACAAAGAAUGUCACUCUGACGAAAAGACAAUACGUUUUGUCUCUCCUGCCACUGGGAGUGGAGCGACUGAUUCAGGACAGACGAAUAUCACCAUAUCCGAUCCCUCUGUGGCCUAAGCAGAGAUGAAUAUCACUCUACUUCUCCCCACAACGGAAUGAAGCCCUUCGAGUAGUACGAGUAAUAUGACUUUUGUGUGGCGGCAUAGUAAUUCUCCCGCAUCGCUUAGUUUGACUCCCAGUCUUCAAUCCAUCCCAAUAUGACUUCUAUUUUUUCUGCAUCCGGUACCAGUUGGAGCAGUGAAAGUAACACCACUACCCGGUAUUCGCUUUCAUAAGCCACUUGAAUGAGGAGGCGAUUCACGUGAGAGAACCGUUCAAUCCAUUCGAGAAAUUUCGAGGUGC